AUGGCUGCAGCCUCUACGACAUAUGUUGGUCUCGAUGAGAUCCCCCGUACAAUUCGAUCGGAGCUUCUCAAGUACGACGACAGCAAGAACGAUGGUACCGAAGAAUAUCGCUAUACUGAUCUUCCACCCACGAAGAAGAGAAUUCGCCUACUUCGCUUGUAUCCCGGAGUCCUUAGGAGCCCGCAGGUUUUGUGCGAGAUGUUCGAAGCCGAGUUUGUGGAAGGUGAAGACCUCCCCAGGAUCGCGAGUCCUAUCGACAGUGAAACAUUGACCAAAACUGUUUCAUACGAGGCCCUUUCCUGGCGAUGGGGCGAUGAGGACAAUAGCGAGUAUACCAUCAUGAUCCGCGACGGUGAUACAAUGUAUCGGAAGAGAGUGUCGCAGACCCUGGGUUUGGCCUUGAAAUAUCUCAGAGGAGGGAAAGACCGCAUUCUGUGGAUCGAUGCUAUCUGCAUCAAUCAGAAGAACAAAGAAGAGCGAAGUUACCAAGUAUCGAUGAUGUCUUUGGUGUAUACCCGAGCCGAACAAGUCUGCGUAUGGCUCGGCGAAGACGACGAGAACAGUCGGAAAGCUAUACAGUUCAUCCGCGAAGACAUUGGCCAUCUGAAAAACUUCGACCAGCUCUGUACAGAGGAUGUACAUGCGCCCAAGUGGCGGGCUUUCAUUGGCCUCAUGCAACGCGACUGGUUUUCUCGCCGCUGGGUCGUGCAAGAGAUUGCGCUCGCUCCUGUAGCCAGUGUUUAUUGUGGACCCGAUGAACUAGAGUGGCGAGAAUUAGCAAUCGCCGUCGAGUUGUUCGUUGAGGUCGAGACUGCUACCCAUCGACUUUCUGAGCUUCUGAGAAGAGACGCCAAGUCGCGUUUGGUGCCGAGUUGGUUCGAACAUAUUUCUGAGCUGGGUGCCAGUCUCCUUGUCAAUGCCACCGCGCGUAUCUUCAGGGAAUAUCAACGCAGCGACGAGACCGUAAAAGCCCCAGAACGCCGGAGUCUACUCAGUCUGGAGUUCUUGGUUACGAGCCUGUCAAUCUUUGAUUGUGGUCGACCACACGACUCUGUUUACGCCUUGAUCGCCAUAGCAAGAGAUGCAUCUCCAAAUCCGCCGACCUCCACAAAGCAGAAGAGACACCAGGUACUUAUCGCUCAGGUAUUCGGUGAUCAAUUGGAGCAGAAGCCUUACCUGCUUGAUUACAACAGUCCUUACCCAGACGAUUUGAUGUUAGGCCAUCCAGACGAGGCAACCUUAAACGAGAACAAAAUACCCCUUCCAAAGGAAUUUGCGGACGAGCAGAACAACGCUGGAGCAUCUGGAGACGAAGGCAAACCCAACAGUCGUUCCACGUUGGAGAAUGACGCCUGGGCACCCGCAUGGGAAAAGUACAAAGCCGGCCGACGGCCCCAAGACGGCAGCUCAAUGCCACUCGAUACGGUAAUAGUCCGGCCGAAGACGCACACAGACAAGAGAAACAUGGACCAAUAUUUCCAACAAUGUGGAUACUUAACCAACGAUGCAGCGGUAGAUGACUUCGUUUCGUUAGCGUUCCCAAAGACUUACCCUAAGUCGCCCGUAUCGUCAUGUCAGAGCACAGCGCCAAGACACAACAAUCAUAAUGAUGCGGAAACGGACAAGUUGGAAGAAUACAAAAUAGCCAUCGGCACUCUGAGUGAAGAUCCUAAGCUAACAGAUAUUCUUCGUGUCAAAGCAAAGCUUGCGGCCUACGAAAUUGAGAAGGCUGAUCGAGAGAAGGGAAAUAAAAAGCCUGUAGCGGGUUCGAGAUCACCCAAACCCACGGCCAAGGUCGAAAUUCCGAAGCAUUCACGCAUACAAGAGCUAGGGCUACCGUCCUGGGUGGCUCGAAUUGAUGGCGCACCGUUCGACAUAUUCCCGCAUCCGGGUAUGGACAUGAUGAAGAUGGGGCGGAGAAACGCAGAUCCCUUAGUGGGGACCCCACAAGACGGCCAUCGAAACUACAGUGCAGGGCAGACAAAGGUUGUCGACCUGAAGACGUUGCAAUUCAAAAGACGGGCGCACCUUGGGCACCAUAGUCUCUAUUUGAAAGGUUUCUGCUUCGAUCGAGUGGCCAAGGUUGCGCAGGUAUCACAAGCUGGUGCAAUACCUGCAUCCUGGCUGGACCUUGCUGGAUGGGGCGAGGCACGUCGACCUACUGGAAUGCACGGCGACCUUAAUGACCCGCCUACUGCUUUCUGGCGUACUCUGGUGGCAGACCGAGGUGGGAAUGAUCGCAACCCACCAUACUAUUAUGCACGUGCUUGCAAAGAGACUAUACUCAAGGGUGGCAUUCGAAGCAACGCAGUAGACACUACAGCGCUGAUCUAUAACGAGCGCAACUCGAUCAUUGCCGAGUUUUGUCGUCGCGUGCAGGCAGUUAUCUGGAACCGCGCAUUAAUCAGGACGGCAAAAGGCGCACUUGGCCUAGUAUCAGAGCAAGUCAAGGAAGGCGAUCUUAUCUGCAUCGUCUACGGCUGCACUGUACCCGUCAUUUUGCGGCGAGAGACUGCCAACUUCAAGACCAAGAACGAAUGCGAUAAUGAGAGACUUGAGGAUGGCAUUGAAACCAUGAAGCAUCUCAUGAUCAAGGUCGAGAGGUACCGAGAUCGCGCAUAUCAAUACAGUAAACGACCCGAAGAAGAAAAGAAAGAGGUGAAAGACUACACUCGCAAGCACAACAAGAAGCAUGCGCAGACAAAUAGUGCCAACAAGAUCAAAGAAGACAACGAGAUCAUUGACGAAAGAGAGAAGUUGCUGGGCUCCAGAGAUUCGCAGAGUGAUAUUGAAGAAGAAGACUCCAUGUCUGACGUUGAGGAAGAGGGCAAAUCCGCUCGACAAGGUAAACACGACAAAGAUCUUGCGCGGCAGAUCAAGCGUCAGCGAAAAGCGAAGAUCCGCGACCCGCUCCGGCACUAUCGAUUCUUGGACCAGGCAUAUAUUCAUGGCAUGAUGGAUGGGGAAGCCGUGCGUCAGAAAUUCUACACUGGCAAGCCCGAUCAUAUCUUUGAGAUCCGAUGA